UCACUGCAUGUAUCGGCGCUAUUCGGAUGUUUAGGAGCAGCAAAAGAGUAUUGUUUCUUAUUCCGAUAAAAACUGUGUAAUUAAGUCAUUAAAUGAACAGUCGAUUAUACAGUAACAUUGUUAGUUUAUAAAUAAAUGAUUAACUGAUGUAAAUAGAUAGUUAACUAACAAUGAACAAUUUGGUUAGGUUAUGUUCGAUUAGAAGACCCUUAGGUUUCCGUCGUUUGCACACGAUAAAGUAUACACUGGAUGCUGAAAAUAGACAGUUGUAUGAAGAUAUCUUUCCAUAUAUUUAUGAAGACAAAAUAAAGAAAUUAUGGAGGAAACCACCACAAUGUGUGUAUGCAGGAUUCGAUCCAACUGCAGAAAGUCUGCAUAUAGGAAAUUUAUUGGUUCUGAUGAAUCUUUUACAUUGGCAACGCUCUGGCCAUCAAGUGAUAGCGCUAUUAGGAGGUGCAACUGGUUUAAUAGGUGACCCAAGCUUCAGAACUUCAGAGCGUGUUGAAAUAGAGGAUGUCGUGAUUCAUGAGAACAUACUAUCUAUUCGACAAGACAUAUUAAACAUAUUUCAUAAUCAUGAAAAAUAUUUUUGUGAGAAUCUGCGUAUAAAGUUGCUUCCUGUAAAAAUAUUAAAUAACAUGGAGUGGUAUAGUGACAGAAAUAUAAUCUCAUUUAUUAGAGAAAUUGGCAAAUACUUUAGAAUGGGCACAUUGCUAGGUCGUAGUUCUGUACAGUCUAGAUUGCAAUCAGAGGCUGGAAUGAGCUUUACAGAGUUCAGCUACCCUAUAUUCCAAGGAUAUGAUUGGCUGCAUUUAUACCGUACAUAUAAAUGCAAAUUCCAAAUUGGAGGUCAAGAUCAGAUGGGUAAUAUAAUGUCUGGUUAUGAUCUAGUAACUAAAUAUCUCCAUGAGGAAGUCUAUGGAUUGACAUUACCGCUUAUCACGGCUGAAGGUGGAAAAAAAUUUGGAAAGUCUACAGGCAAUGCAGUUUUCCUUUCAUCUAAAAGAUCCUCUAGUUUUCAACUGUAUCAGUUUUUUAUUAGAACAGAGGAUGCAGAUGUAGACAAAUUUCUUCGCUUCUUCACGUUUUUGCCUUUGAAACGUAUACGAGAGAUUGUUGAAGAUCACUUCAAACGGCCAGAGCUUAGGGUAGCACAGAAAGUUCUUGCAGAACAAGUUACAUUAUUAGUUCAUGGAAAGGAAGGAUUGGCAGCAGCAAAAAGAACAUCCGCCAUUCUGUAUGAAACCUCAAUUGACAAUCUGGCAAAAGUAAGCGCAGAUGACUUGGCACAGAUGCUAGAAGGAGCUAAAGUAGUAGAGAUGUUUUCCGAACGUAGUCUUAAUGUCUAUGAGUUGGCAAUGAAGGCAAAAUGUUUCGAAAAAGAUCACGAUGCAAAAAGAAUUAUUGCUGCUGGAGGUUUUUACAUUAACUAUCAAAGAAUCACAAAUAAAGAUGAAAUCCUCGUACCAGGAAUACAUAUAUUGCAAAACAAUGUUACAUUGAUCAGAGUAGGGAAAAAAUCUUACCAUAUCGUACGAUGGUUGUAAAGAAAGUUGAAAUUUUGAAUAAUUUAUAAGAAGUGUUUAGUAUAUGAAAUAUACAAAUCCCUGAAUUAUAAAAUACAAAAUAUUUACGGAAAUAUAUAAUUAUAGAUUUAUUAUCUAGAACUUAAACAGUACAAAAAUAAUCUUUUUACAGUGUUGUUAAAUUAAUGUAUCUUCUGAUCGAAUAUAUUCACCUAUGUCAGCUUGAUGAAAACAUACUGUUGCCAUUGGAUCUGCAUACUUGCAAUCCAUUGUACUUUUUGCUGCUACACCAAAACCCUAUGAAAGAUAAAAUUUGUUUAAUUCGGAGCAAUAAAAAAUGAUAUAAUGAAGUAACAUUAUUAGGAUACUACGAUAAUUAUCUUACCAAUGGAACAUCAUUUGUUGAAAAUAUAACUACUCCUUGAUA